AUAUCCAUAAAGCUUCAGCACCGUAUUCUCAAAGCAUCCAUUCCAUUAACAAGAAACCUCGCAAAGACAAUCUCCAUUAUCUCGCCCAAGAUGGCGUCCCAACUACUACCCUUAGAACUCAUCGACAAGUGCGUCGGCUCAAGAAUAUGGGUCAUCAUGAAGGGUGACAAGGAAUUCAGCGGAACGCUACUAGGAUUCGACGAUUACGUCAACAUGGUCCUAGAGGACGUGACAGAAUUCGACUACUCAGGAAACCAUACCAAGCUCUCCAAGAUCCUUUUAAACGGCAACAACAUUUGCAUGUUAAUACCGGGAGGAGAAGGGCCUGUAGCCACAUAGAAAUAAGGCUCCAGGGGGAUAUCCAUAUCUGAUAAUGGAGGGUUUCUUUCACCAAUGCCAUGCUGCUAACCCGCAGCAAUGAGCUAGGCCGAGUAAUAAACAUAUUCACAGAAUGGUCUAUAAGUCAAAUUAAGCAUCUUAAAAGGUCCAGUUCAUCGG